AUGCCUAUACGAAAGAAAGGUGAGAAUCCUUUUCGUCUGUUUUGUGAUAGAUAGCACAUCACAUGUAAUGGCAGCCUGCUAUGAAAGCGAUAUGCUACAGAAUGUCAAUAGCUGUAGCAAGCUAAAGCAAACGACAGCAGGCCAAUGCAGAUGAAAAGAAACAUUGUUGCCAGUUCAUGGUGUUGCCACCUCAACUGAUAUCGUGCAACAAAUAUAGCGACAGUCAGAGACACAUAUGUUGCAUGUUGCACGUGAGUUGUUGCCAAUGCAUUCUGCCACCUGACUGUCUCAGUCACCGAUUUUAAAUAUGAAACCCUUAGCCAGUCGGUUGAUAUCACAUAGCCAUAUCAAGCCUAAUGCUUGAAUUUGAUUGUGUAUCAAUGUAGUUGCCAUUCAUUGAGUCAUUGCCUUGUUGGUUGUUGAUAUGUUUUGUUUACAGAUGCUGAAAGAGCUUUACUACUCAUGGAGGAAUACAAGACGAAACUUGGACAGACAGAAGACCGACAACUCAGACAGUCACUAGAAAGAGUCAUCAACAUCUUUCAGAGCAACCUCUUUCAAGCCUUGAUAGGUAUGAAACCCCUUCCAUUCAAACCUAGGCCUAAUGUGUUCACAAACACAAAAGUCUGUCAAAUCAGUCGACUUCCACUACUUUUUCCUGUGUAUUGUCAGUGUCACCUGCCUAACCUGCUUGAGCAAUGCAAACAGGUUUUUCUGUUUUUACCGUAACCUGCCUCUCCCCCACCCGGAGCGCACUGAUCUCGCCAUGCUGGAGUAUUUUACCCAGCAAGGAAGACAGUCAUUUGAUUCAAACAGAAUGGUCAUUAUAAAUCAGUUCAUUCUAAUAUUUUCAAGUUAUCCUGUGCCUUCUCUUGGGCUUCAUAACAGUAAUACCAUAGUAACUACUACACUACUAACUCACUUCAUUUGUUUUGUUUCCUAUCGCUACAAUUCCGUCAUUCUUUUAGUUUACUGACUCAGUAAUAACUUUCUUGUUCCCAAAGUAGCCUACUUGGCAUGAGGGCAGCCUAGUGUAACGUCCUGUCCUAUAGGCUUCGGCACCACAGCAACCCUACAGAGCAGGAAUUCCCAAUGUGUUGUUCAUUUUGGCGUGCACAAUGUUUCACCGGCUAGCCCCUCCUCUCUCCUUAUUGUAGUAUUGACCCAGAAGUGGUGGUUUUCUGGAGCCUGGCCUUAUACCAAGAACCUGUCUCGACUGUCUUGAGUUACAUCUCUGUUUUUAAACAGUGUGUGUGCGUGCGUUUGCUAUGUUUCCCCUUUUACAGGCCCUGCAUUGCAGUAUAAGGCUAGUAUAUAUAUAUAUAUAUAUAUAUAUAUAUAUAUAUAUAUAUAUAUAUAUAUAUAUAUAUACUUUUUUUUUUUUUUUUUACAGCCGAUUUAAACUACUGAUUUCAGCACCCAAAGAAUUAAACACAACAUUGUUCUGAAAUCAGUAGUUUUUGAUAAAAACGUCAUUUUACGUGGCGUCAGAGCUGCAGUCCGCCCACACUAGUCACCGCUCAAGUCCAUCGUAAAUCGUGGAGUUGAGUUUAGUCGGCUAGUAUUUUUUACUGUUUCUAAUGAAUAUAGGCCUACCCAGGUUGAGAGUCGUCUAUUUUCUAUAAUCUGUUUCAGGAGCCAAUAAAGGGUACGUGUGUUGUACUGUAGAUUUUUGGACUUUGUAACAACACCUCUUCUAAUAUGACCUUUGGAUCUAAAGUCUGCCUGUAAGAUAAUCGGCUGCUCAGUAGACAGAUACUGGCUGUUGCUUUACUCCAUUUUUGUUGUUUCUCCAACAAAAGUUGAAGAAUGGUCACAUUUGAUCAUAGCAGUACUCAUGUUACAUUUCUUAGAGUAAGAGAAGAUGUUGUGAACCGGUGCUUGACAUCAGUUGUUCGAGGAUGAAAGAUUCCAUUAACAACCCUGUCAACUCUGGGAAGACAUUUUUUUAUGUGAUAGAACUUCCAGUCCGGACAGUUAGGCUAACUAAUUUGAUUCCUUUCCACCAGCCCACCCCUAGGGCCACCACCACCCCUACAGUAACUCAUAUGGGUGUUGUGUUGUUGUAGAUUGGAUUGAAACCCCUCCAUUCACUGGUGUAAUUGAAGAGCAUGGCUUCUUGAUUGGCUAACCACUCCUCAUUGUCCUCCUUUACAUGCUCUUUUAAUCUCAUUAGCUGGUUCCCCUGGACCUCCAUAUCUCUCCCUCUCUCCGCUGUCUCUCCCCUGUCUCUCCCUCGUCUCUCCCCUGUCUCUCCCCUGUCUCCCACCUGUCUCUCUCCCCUGUCUCGCCCCUGUCUCUCCCCCCUGUCUCUCCCCCGUCUCUCCCCCCUGUCUCUCCCCUGUCUCUCCUCUGUCUCUCCCCUGUCUCUCCCCCCUGUCUCUCCCCCCUGUCUCUCCCCCCUGUCUCUCCCCCCUGUCUCUCUCCCCUGUCUCUCCCCUGUCUCUCCUCUGUCUCUCCCCUGUCUCUCUCCUGUCUCUCUCCCCUGUCUCUCCCCUGUCUCUCCUCUCUCUCUCACUCUCACUCUCUUUCCAUGUUUCUCUCUCUCUCUCCCUGUCUUUCCCUGUUUUUCUCUCCCUGUUUCUCUCACUCUCUCUGUCUCUCUGUCUCUCUGUCUCUCUGUCUCUCUGUCUCUCUGUCUCUUUGUCUCUCUCUGUCUCUCCCUGUUUCUCCCGACCCUAGGGUUUCAUUCUUCGAUCAAUUCACACACAGGAUAUUUCUUGACCUUGACCCUUGCAUGGACACACAAGUUCCUGCAUUAUACACACAUGACUGACUGCUGAUAAAUACUCAGAAAUACAGUGCAGUAAUCUAACACACACACACACACACACACACACACACACACACUCCCUCUGACCCUCUCUCGUUCACUCCUCCCUCCCUCCUGUUGGGUCCUGUUGUCGGUUGCUGAUGAAAAAGUGGGAUAGGAUGGGAAGCAAUCUGCGCUGUGUAAGAUAUGUAUGAUAAGAGUCAGGAGUGUAAUCCGUCUACUGACAUGAUUACUCUGAUGCUACUACUGGUAAUCCCUUCUGAUUUACUUGCUUGUCAGAGAGGAGUCUUCAGGGGAGAGUGUAUGUUAGUGUGUGUUAGUGUGUGUUAGUGUGUGUUAGUGUGUGUUAGUGUGUGUUAGUGUGUGUUAGUGUGUGUUAGUGUGUGUUAGUGUGUGUUAGUGUGUGUUAGUGUGUGUUAGUGUGUGUUAGUGUGUGUUAGUGUGUGUUAGUGUGUGUUAGUGAGUGCGUGUCACUUCUCAAUACGUAGAUCUAAUUGUACAGCAGCUUUAUCCAACUCUUAUUUGACCUCAUCACUGGGCAGCAGGAGAAGUCGCUGGUUUUGGUUGAAUAGUGCCCCAGGUCUGUUUUACUGUACAAAUAUGAAUGUGUCUACUGCACUCAAAACUUUCAAAACCUUUUUAUAGCUGGUUUUAUUUUUAGGGCUUCGGCAGCUGUAUCAAACCACCUGGAUAGAGAUUGAGUGUGCGUAUGUUCAUAUGUAUGUAAGUGUGUGUUUGCUGAAUUGUGUUUGAGAAGGGAGGAUACAGUUUAAUCUGAAUUGCAUAGACACACCCAAGGUGAUUAAUUACAUUCAUGGCAUGCUUUGAAACCUGAUGAAAAGCACACUACAAAUUGUGUGGGGGAAAGUCUAACUCACUUCAUCCUCCUCUUCCUUCUCCUCUUCCUCUUCCUCCUCUUCCUCCCCCUGUAUGUGUCAGAGAGCUGUAUAGAGCUCCACUCAGGGCCCAUUGUGCCACACCAGGGUAUCCUGCUCUAAUUAUUUCCUAUAGCAGCCUAUCCUAUAUAUAGUCCCAGGCAGUCUUUAGUGGUGCAAGGUGAAUACAGCAGGCAGGCAGGCAGGCCAGCUAUCUUCAGGAAGGGAUGGACGGAAAAGUGUGUCUUUGGCCUCAGAGAAACUGCGUCUUGAUUUUGACAUUUUGGGUAUUGCCAACGUCAAACACUAAGUUGUAAAGGGACCUGCCAUGCAGGGCCUGCUAUAAGCUGCCUCCAGUGUGUGUGUGUGUGUGUAUGUUCACCUGCCACCUACACACUCUUCCCUGGUCUCCUAUCUCAGGUAUCUGGUAAUGCUAUGAUGAGUUGCUGACCUGCAUUCAGAGGUGGUCGGCUUAGGUCAGUCCCCUCUUAGCAGGUCAGAGUCAGCAUGCCUUGACCUGGUGCCCAGGGGUUAGAGGUGAGAGGUCAGGGGCAGGGCAUUACUAGACCUUGACUAACUUUAACCCUCUGGAGGACUACAUUAAAAAAAAAGCUAGAAUGACUGAGGAAUACAGUAGUGAUAAGCAGUAGUACUGUACUUUCUCUCACAUAUGAUGUAAGGUAAGCGGUUUACCAUCGGGGUUCCCUCCAGUGUAAUUCCUUCCUGUGGCAGGUUGUAACCUGAGACAGUGAUCAAUAAUCCUGGGCUUUCUCCUUAAGUGUUGUAUAUCAGAGCCUCACCUCCUUACCUGGUCUAGGCUCUACCAUGGCCUGGAAACAUCACACUGACUGGAGGAAGGGCAGGCCAGGGCGUGCCAGGGCAGCUGUGCCCUCUGCAGAAUCAUGCCUAACUCAGAGCUAUAUAUAUAAAAUCAAAUCAGAUUGACGUUGGUGUACGUACGCUAGUGUAGUCUCUGGUGAUUGGUCCUGAAUCCCUACCAGUCCUGUUUGCACAUCUGUAAACCACCACAUGCACUGUAUUUACCAAGCAGUUAGCCAAGCUAAGCUCCCUAGUGAAAGGCUACACAUAGCCAAGUCGUGUGAGUAAGGGCUAAAAUGGGUAGUGUACACACGCACAUGAUGUGAGAGCUAAUUGUCACUUAGUUGGUGCAGUUGUUUCAGUGAAGGAUCAGAUCCAGAUCAGAUCUGCAGCUCAAUCACAGAAUGGAACACAUGAAGAGUAAAAUAAAUGUUUGAACUAGAUAUUAACCUAUAUUGAUAACCGAUAACCGAUAUCCAAUAAAUAGGAUGGAAAAAAGGAAAUCUCAUGCAUAUCUGAUCAUUUGGGGCCGUUCUCAUGAUGUAUCAUUAUUGUCACAAUGUAAGAAAUCAACAUUUGAACCAUAUUUCUUGGACAAUUACUAUUUUGGAACUCAUUAAGCUUUGGCUGUAUCCAGACUGUCAUACCUUCAUACGGACCUUGUGCCAUACCGGGAUAUUCAGUAAUACCGGCACUGAACACAAAGGGCGCUGUAUUCAAACCCCGCUGAUACUUUGUAAUCCGAAGGUUAGCAAUGCUAACAAGUGCAUGUAAUAAUCCCAUAGAGAACUAUACUGAACAAAAAUAGAAAACGCAAAAUGCAGCAAUUUCAAUGAUUUUACUGAGUUCCAGUUCAUAUGAGGGAAUCUGUCAAUUGAAAUCAAUUCAUUAGGCCCUAAUCUAUGGAUUUCACAUGACUGGGAAUACAGAUAUGCUGCACAACAGUGAGUGACUCACAAGGCUCCGGUCUCUUGUCGUUGUGUGCUUGUAAACAAACACCACGUGAUGAGUGACUGGGGACUACUGUAAGCUUCAUAAUAAUGUGACCGGUGAAAUGAAGAACACAAUGUUAUCUCCUAAAGUAUUGCACAAGUUGACUGCAGGUAUUUACUUACAAAGUACCUACAAAUAUUCAAAUGUAUAAAAAAAAACGUAUAAUAAAUAGUUUCAACGGUAUUGAUAAACCAUCCCGUGGCUUUUACCAAAUACCCCGGUAUACGGUAAUAACGGGAUACCAUACAAGCCUAGAUCUCAGUGUGGAAAAAUGACACGUUCAUUUCCCCGCUGCAAAACAGUAUAUCGGCGGAUAUAUAUCGGUAUCGCUAAGCUUUGUCCCCCACAAAAAAUCGGAAUUGGUAUUGGACCCCAAAAAACCAUUGGUUGGGCUCUAGUUUGAGCUUUUUCUGUCACUCUGCACCACCUUAUUUCGGAGGCAACUUAGCACCCUAAUAGGCAUUGGCUGUACUUGCAUCACCACUAUUCACUGCUAGUUUCAUUCAGACAUGGCUUCAAAUACUACCUGGCUUCCUGUUCUUAAAGUGGAACUGAAACGCUCAAAUCAACCUACAUUGUUUUACAUGUUGAUGUUAGGUAACCUUGUUGAACGUGAUGUUAUGAAAAUGCUUUCAGAACAUAAUAUUAUAUAUUUUUUUGAGCACAUGCUUGGAGAGAUGUGGCCGCAGCGCCUAGCACAUGCUUGGAGAGAUGUAGCUUCAGCCAUAUUGAAACAACGUCAUGGGAAUGGUAGAGUGUCCGCACGCCUACUUUACUCAUGGCUUUUUGGUUCCCAAUCAGAGGCAGCUGUAGCUCGUUGUCUCUGAUUGGGGACCAUACUUAGGCAGCCUUUUGGCACCAGUCAGUUGUGGGAUCUUGUUCCGUGUGAGGUAUGUUAUUUUGUCUACCUAGGACUUCACGUUUCGGCCGUUUAGCAGAGGAGGCCGCCAGAUUAAGGGGGUCAUUGGUGCAGAGGGAGCAGAAGGAAAGUGUAGAGGCACGGCGAGAGGAGCUGGUUAGGCAGCAGAAGGAGCGGGGGUUAAUGAAGGAACCCAGUCCCGCUCCUCGCACCAAUCAAGUGGUGCGUGUCGCCAGUCCGGUCCGGCCCGUUCCUGAUUCUCGCACUAAGCCAGUGGUGGGUGUUCCCAGUAUGGUUCGGCCCGUUCCUGCUCCUCGCAUCAAGCCAGUGGUGCGCAUCGCCAGCCCGGUCCGGCCUGUUCCUGUCCCUCGCAACAAGUCAGUGGUGCGCGUCGCCAGCCCGGUCCGGCCUGUUCCUGCCCCUCGCACCAAGCCAGUGGUGCGCGUCGCCAGCCCGGUCCGGCCUGUUCCUGUCUCUCGCACCAAGUCAGUGGUGCGCGUCGCCAGCCCGGCCCGGCCUGUUCCUGCCCCUCGCACCAAGCCAGUGGUGCGCGUCGCCAGCCCAGUCCGGCCCGUUCCUGCUCCCCGCACCAAGCCAGUGGUGCGUGUGUCCAGUCCGGCACGGCCCGUUCCUGCUCCCCGCACCAAGACAGGGGUGCGCGUCGUCAGCCCAGUCCGGCCCGUUCCUGCUCCCCGCAUCAAGCCAGUGGUGCGUGUGUCCAGUCCGGCACGGCCCGUGCCUGUUCCACCGGUGCCUGGUCCAGCUCCGGUCAGCGGCUCCACUCCGGAGCCAGAGCAAUCCGCUCCACCGGGGUCCAGUCCAGCUCCGGCCAGCGGCUCCACUCCGGAGCCGGAUCCGCCUCCGAGGCGGAAUGCCUACCCGGCCCCUACCCUAUUAGGUUUAUGUGGCGCGGUCGGAGUCCGCACCUUUGGGGGGGGGGUACUGUCACGCCCUGUCACGGUUAUUUGUUGAGUCAGGGUGUGUAUAUUUCGUGUUGUGUUUAUUUCUAUGUUUAGUUUCUAGAUCGUUGAGAUCUAUGUUGGCCAGGGUGGUUCCCAAUCAGAGGCAGCUGUAGCUCGUUGUCUCUGAUUGGGGACCAUACUUAGGCAGCCUUUUGGCACCAGUCAGUUGUGGGAUCUUGUUCCGUGUGAGGUAUGUUAUUUUGUCUACCUAGGACUUCACGUUUCGUUUGUUGUUUUGUCGUGUGUUCAGUACGUAAAUAAAUAUGAAUACAUAUCACGCUGCGCCUUGGUCCUUCUCGUUAAUGAACGAGCGUGACAGUCCGGUCAAAAACCCGCGCUUUGAGCUCAUUCAGCUGUAGGAUACAUCUAGCUACUGUUACCCAACAUUAGUAUUUAUUUCACCUUUAUUUAACCAGGUAAGCCAGUUGAGAACUAGUUCUCAUUUACCACUGCGACCUGGCCAAGAUAAAGCAAAGCAGAGCGAUUUAAAAACAACAACAACACAGAGGUACAUAUGGGGUAAACAAAACGUACAGUCAAUAACACAAUAGAAAAUCUAUAUACAGUGUGUGCAAAUGUAGUAAGUUAUGGAGGUAAGGCAAUAACUAGGCCAUAGUGCAAAAUAAUUACAAUUUAGUAUUAACACUGGAGUGAUAGAUGUGCAGAAGAUGAUGUGCAAAUAGAGAUACUGGGGUGCAAAUGAGCAAAAUAAAUAACAAUGUAAAUAACAGUAUGGGGAUGAGGUAGUUGGGUGGGCUAAUUACAGAUGGGCUGUGUACAGGUGCAGUGAUCAGUAAGCUGCUCUGACAACUGAUGCUUAAAGUUAGUGAGGGAGAUAAGUGUCUCCAGCUUCAGAGGUUUUUGCAGUUCGUUCCAGUCAUUGGCAGCAGAGAACUGGAAGGAAUGGCGGCCAAAGGAGGUGUUGGCUUUGGGGAUGACCAGUGAGAUAUACCUGCUGGAACGCAUAUUACGGGUGGGUGUUGCUAUGGUGACCAAUGAGCUAAGAUAAGGCGGGGAUUUGCCUAGAAGUGAUUAAUAGAUGACCUGGAGCCAGUGGAUUUGGCGACGAAUAUGUAGUGAGGGCCAGCCAAUGAGAGCAUACAGGUCACAAUGGUGGGUAGUAUAUGGGGCUUUGGUGACAAAAUGGAUGGCACUGUGAUAGACUACAUCCAAUUUGCUGAGUAGAGUGCUGGAAAUUGUUCUGUAAAUGACAUCGCCGAAGUCAAGGAUCGGUAGGAUAGUCAGUUUUACGAGGGCAUGUUUAGCAGCAUGAGUGAAGGAGGCUUUGUUGCGAAAUAGGAAGCCGAUUCUAGAUUUAACUUUGGAUUGGAGAUGCUUAAUGUGAGUCUGGAAGGAGAGUUUACGGUCUAACCAGACACCUAGGUAUUUGUAGUUGUCCACAUAUUCUAAGUCAGACCCGCCGAGAGUAGUGAUUCUAGUCGGGCGGGCGGGUGCAAGCAGCGUUCGAUUGAAGAGCAUGCAUUUAGUUUUACUAGCGUUUAAGAGGUCCAGUGAUUCAGUGAUUCCGGCAGAAAAUCCGAUAUGCUCUGGGUCGAUAGCACGCUGUGCAGACUGGCCGAUAAUUGUCCAGGCUAGAGCUGGCUGGUAGGUAGUGCAGGCCAUGGACAGUGGUGAAGACCGCUAACGGUGGCUAAUAGCAAGUAGCUAGUUAGUUGGCUAGCUGGCUAGUUUCAGCCAUAGGUUCUUGAUAAUAAUAAAGAAAUAAUAGAAUCCGUUCCACAUUGGGUGAGGCGGGUUGCAGGAAAGUAUAUUUAGUUAAAGGAUGGAAAGUGAGAGAGAAAUAUAUACGAAAAAAUACAAAAAACUAAAUAAUAAUAAUAUGCCAUUUAGCAGACGCUUUUAUCCAAAGCGACUUACAGUCGUGCGUGCAUACAUUUUUGUGUAUGGGUGGUCCCGGGGAUCGAACCCACUACCUUGGCGUUACAAGCGCCGUGCUCUACCAGCUGAGCUACAGAGGCUAUUUACACGAGGACACAACAGAAAACACAACCGCACUGCAUGACAUCCACAAUAACAAUAACAAUAACAAAGCAGUUACCUAGCAUCGAUUAAGCCUGUAUAGUUCAGUCAAAAACCCACUUGAACAUGUUUGUGGUAUAGCUGCGUUAAACAUUACAGUAGUUUUGACAUUGGCAUCGGAUCGUACUGUGUUAGCCGAAGUUAGCCUGAAAGCUAGACGCAAACAAGGUUAGUAAGCUAACUGCAUGGUAAUGCCCACAAUAAUAAAGUCAAAUUUGCAGGCAGAUCAUGUGCACUAUGUAUGACACGGUAUUCAAUAUGGUUUGCGGUGAAGGACUACAGAUAUGCCAAACCUAGGAGAGGCUAGAAACAGCUGGAUAGAAAAACGAGUGUUCAGUCAAUGCAAGCUAGCUAGCUAGGUGUCUGUUAUGAAAGAGUUAGAUACAUUUUUACAUUUUAGUCAUUUAGCAGACACUCUUAUCCAGAGAGACUUACAGUUAGUGAAUACAUAUUUUUUUAUAUAUACUGGCCCCCCGUGGGAAUUGAACCCAAGUGAGCUACAUCCCUGCCAGCCAUUCCCUCCCCUACCCUGGACGACACUGGGCCAAUUGUGCGCCGCCCAUGAGUCUCCCGGUCGCGGCCGGCUGCGACAGAGCCUGGAUUCGAACCAGGAUCUCUAGUGGCACAGUGCCUUAGACCACUGCACCACUCAGGAGUAGGUUAUGUAGGUUACAGACAUGUAGGUUUGUUAACAGUGUUCACUCCUAUUAUAUCAAUUGCAGUUAGUUGUGAGAUUUACCAAAUUAUGCGUGGUGAAAUCAAUAGUCCAUAUUAAAAUCCUGCACUGAAGCAAGCUUUUCUGCUAACGUCACUAGCUAGCAAAAUAUCCAUCAAUAGCUGAUGGUUUUCGACUAGCUGGCUAGCUAUGAUAGCCCAAUUUGCACAGCAUACUUUUUGUGGAUGAAUUUAUCAUCCAUGUCAUGUUAACUGGCUAGUCUCUAAUCGGAUAGCCUUCUAAAAAGGCUCUUAUUUUCAUAUUUUUUAUUGUUGUCCAAAUGAAAACAUUUUCAAUGAGGCUUCUAACAUGCAUUGUAGUCUGAGCUGCCUGUCAGACAAACCAUUCAAGUGAUGUCAUUGUUGACACGUUAUCAAGAUGGCGGCACACAGUAGUCAGAUGAGGCAAUUUUCUAAAGUUUUAACAGAAAUAUGAGUUUUUCAGCAGUUUUAAGGGUAGGAACAUGCAUCUUUAUCACAAUUGGUUAUCAAAAUCACCAUAACUUACUAAAAUGUUUCAGUUCAUCUUUAAGUUUUGUUUUUGCGUCUUUUACUUUCGGUUUUGUACACCAGCUUCAAACAACUGAAAAUACAAUAUUUCACAGCUCUUUAGAAGGUAUAAUGAUUCUCUACACUAUACUUGCUUGUUUUGUCACAUAAACAGACAUUUUUGCAACCAGGAAAUGGCGGAGCGAUUUCUGCAUAGUGCAUCUUUAAAUAUUCAAUGCAUUUGAACCCAGGUCUGUUUGGUCCUAGGGAUAUUUGAAAUAUUGUAUUUGUAAAUAAGUAUAAAAAAAUUGUAUUGGCUAUUUAUAGGACGUUUUUUUGAAAAUACUUUCAAAUACUUCAAAUAGAGGUAGCUGAUUUGGCCACAUUAUUUGAAAAUACUAAAAUACACAAAUAAUUAGUUUAAAUAAAAAACAAUUAAAUACGUAUAUAUUUGAGCCCAGGUCUAGUUUAAUUUCAGUUUACUAGAUAUCCAUGUUGUUAAAUUAAUCCAUGUUUUGUAGUAUUUCUGAUGUGUCAACGGUCUACCCUCUACGGUCUACACUUUCCAGUAGUUAGUAAGAGUGAAGAGAGGUCUCCGCUCCAUUUAGAAAUGUCAGGCAUGGGUUCUAGUAGUAGGUCUAUUUGAAAUCUCUCUUUAGCUGUUAAAUCCUUAAAGUAAAGGUCAUAUUGAAUGGGAAUGAAGAUCAUAAACAUCUGACACGGGUCACAGGGAGGGCUGGGCUUGGCCUUUACGCUACUGGUUCUCUGAACUAAUGUCAUCAGCCCUUACUCAUGUAGCAUGCUACUGUACAUAGCUCAGAGACAUCAUAUCACAUGCCUGACAUUAUGCUGUUACUCUAGACGUACACGAGUGCGGUGGGCAUGAUAACGUGCAUGUAGUACUACAAAAAAAAGGUUAAUUAGGCCUAUGCGUAACUUAUUUUGUUGUCCGACUGGAUUUAUAGUAAAUAAAUGUUUUACUUGAGUAUGGAUAAUGUAUCAGAUAAUGUAGCCUCAUGAGACAUACUGAAACACACUUACUUACAUGCUGAGACAUACUGAAACACACGUACUUACAUGCUGAGACAUACUGAAACACACUUACUUACAUGCUGAGACAUACUGAAACCAGACACAUAAUAUACCAGUUUGAACAUAGUCUGAUUUAUUGUGUUUUUCUAAGAACCACAACACCCAGCGCUAACAGAUUCAUCACUCUCCAUUCCCCUCAUUGACAUUUCCCCAUUCUCCUCCCUACUCCUCCAGAGAUCCAGGAGUUUUAUGAAGUGACCUUACAGGAUGGCCAGACAUGUGUAGAGGCAGCCAAGCCUGCAGAGCCCCCCGCUCCCCCUGUCACCCUGUGGGACUUCUCCAGCCUGCCCUCCCCCUCCACUGCUGUCACCUCUGACACCCUGCCCAGCAGCCUUACGUCCAGCAUAGAGGUAAGCAUACUGUGAUAAGUACUUAUAAGCUUUGUUAUAAGCACCUUGUAUGGUAUAAGCCCUGUUUAUAAUGUCCCAAUCUGGCAACCCACUCCGCUAGAACAAAUGUGGUAUAAAGCCAGCCUGCUGCUCACUGAUCCUAUAGGCUCGCUAUGGCAACUGGCAACCCCGCUCACUGUUUCCAUAGCCAUGCUCUAUGUGUCUGGCUAUGUGCCCAGUCACCAUACCUUGCUCUUUGGGUGUUUGUGCUUAGGUUUAA